AUGAAUUUAGAUGUGAAACCAGCUAUCAACAAUAAUUUAAUAAAUUCAAAUAAAAAUGAAAACUAUGAUGAUGCGGUGAUUGAACGAGAAAAUUUUCCGCAACCUACAGAUGAUAAUAACACGGUGGAUAAUACAACAAAUGAUGUAAAAUCAUUAAUGUUAGACAAUCAAACAUCAGCAAAUCAACAACAACAAAACGAUAACGAUAAUGAUAAGAAAACAAACGAACCGUUGGACGAAACGGCACAAUAUUACCGUGACUUUAACAUAAGAGUUGAAAAUGGUGGUGAUAUCAAACCGUGGUUGGAAUUCUCUGACACAAAUUUUCCCGAAGAAAUAUUAAAAAUAUUUGAAGAAAAUGAAUAUGAUAUCCCAACACCCAUUCAAUCUUUAGCUUGGCCUGUUUUACAACAAGGACGUGAUAUUGUGGGAAUAGCAAGCACAGGAUCUGGGAAAACGUUAGGGUUUAUUAUUCCAAUGUUGUUGCACGUUCGCAAACAACCUCCGUUGCAACCGGAUGAUGGUCCGUUAGCCGUUGUACUUGCACCCACACGUGAAUUAGUUCAACAAAUUUCUCAAGUGUCCAAACCAUAUUUUGAUUUAUUCAAUAUUAAAUCAUCUUGUAUUAUUGGCGGAGAUGAAAGAGAGAAGCAAAUAUCAGAAAUUGGCGAAGGUCGUGAAGUUUAUAUUUGUACACCAGGACGUUUAUUAGAUUUUCUAGAGCAUCGUAUAACAACAUUAUAUCGUGUUACCUAUAUUGUAUUAGAUGAAGCCGAUAAAAUGUUUGAUUUGGGUUUUGAAUCACAGGUUCGACAAAUAUUAAAUGAUUUUAAAUCAACAAAUAGCGAUGAACAAACUCGACAAAUGUGUAUGUUUUCUGCUACAUGGCCUAAAACAAUAAAAGUUUUAGCUGAAGAUUAUUUGAAAGAUUAUGUGCAUGUCACGAUUGGUUGUUUGACAGAAUACAGUGUAAAUUUAAAUAUUCAACAAAUUGUUCAAAUAUGUAAUGAACAACAAAAACGACAACAAUUAUUUAAUACGUUAAGAGAUAUUGGCCAAGAAGAAGAACAUAAAUGUAUUAUAUUUGUUAGAACAAGAGAAAAAGUAAAUAGAUUAAAUAAAGAAUUGGAACAGCAAGGAUAUAAAGCGUUAUUAUUACAUGGUUCAAAAUCACAACAAAUUAGAAACGAAGUAUUUAAAGAAUUUCGUGAAACACCAAAUGCGCUGUUAUUAGCCACUGAUGUAGCAUCACGUGGUUUAGAUGUUGACGAUGUUCGAUUUGUUAUUAAUUUCGAUUAUCCAAAUACAGAUGAUGUUUAUAUUCAUCGUAUUGGACGAACAGGAAGAAGUUCUAAGUUUGGCACAGCAUUCACAUUUUUUCAGCGAGAAGAUGGAAAGCAUGCUUGUGCAUUAAUCAAAAUAUUAGAUGAAGCAAAACAAACAGUUCAUCCAAUUCUUUUACAAAUUGGAAGACAAAAUGGUUAUAAUCAAUGGGUUCAAAAUGUCAAAGUCCCACAGUAUCAGCCACAUUCAAGAAUGAAUAAUUCCAGCGAUUAUAAUCAAGAUCAAUAUGGCAAUAAUAAUUUUAAUAAUCGACAACGUGGUGGCCCGCCACCGUCUUUGAUGGAACUCUUUCCGGACGAUAGUGGUCAGGGAAGCGUGACUCGUUAUCCAAGAAAUAAUCAGAAUAUGAACCCGACUCCUUCAGAUGAACCUAAUCAAAUAAGCACACUACAAGCUCCUGCUGUUUUGCCACCGGCAUUAAUGUCAAUUGAUUUUAGUAAUUUUGACCCAAGUGUCAUUAAACCCCUUUCUGAUGACCAAGUAUUAGCAUCAACUUCAACAAUUAAUAAUAAUAACACGCCAGACUUAACCAAUGAAUUAGAUCGGAUAGCAUCAUCGAAUUAUAACGAUGGAUUGAACAAUAACAACAACAGCAAUACGGGAGGUGGUGGUUUUAAUAAUGAUCGAGGUGGUCGCGGCGGUUUUAACCGGAAUAAUCGAGGGAGUGACGAUAGAGGUCGAGGAAGAGGCGGUGGACAAAAGCGUGGUGUUGGUAGACAGGACCGACAAACAUCGAAUUUUGACUGGAAUAAUCAACAAGAUCAACCUCGUAAACGUCGUUGGGAUGGUGGUCAGCAGAAUCAACAACAGCCGUCACACAAUCAGAAUAAUCAAAUUACAAAUUAUCAGAUGGCACAAAAUUCUCAAUGGUCAAAAGAUUCAAAUUCACAACAGCAACCACAGCCAAAUAAUCAAUGGUCACAACAACAGCAACAACAACAACAACAAACACAGCAGACAACACAAGAAAAUCCAGGUGUUGUUUAUGCAAGAGCAUCUCAAGAAUAUGCACAACAAUAUCAACAGUAUACAACAGCAUUAAACCAGGCUAUGGUGGCACAACAACAGGGUCAGCCGAUUUCGUCUCAACAGCAACAGUAUUUAAUCAAUUUUCAACAGCAAUUACAAGUAAAACAACAAAAUCUUCAACAGCUACAACUUGCAGCCGCCCAACAUGCUGCUUUGGCAAAUACAGCAGCCAAUCCAUACCAAAAUCAGUCAUAUCAACCAUAUGCACAACAAAUAGCGAACGCCUGGCAACAACAACAACAACAACAACAACAACAAACGCCCAGUGCAGUUCCACCACCACUACCACCAUCAGAUUCAAAACAACCAGCCGCUAGUACGCCAGCCGCAACUAAUGCGUACGAUGCGUCAACAUGGAUGCAGCAGUGGUUACAAGCAGGAUAUACACCGGACCAAAUACAACAAUAUCAACAAUGGUACGCAUCUCAGAUGCAGCAGCAAAAUCUAGCAGCGGCUGCUCAGCAACAGCAGACAACAGGAAAAGUUGACCCGUCAUUACAAACAUACGGAAUGCUGAAUCCGUCAACAAAUUAUAUGACUCAAACCGGUGUAACACCAUCGACACAAGGAUAUUCACAAACUGCUGGCCAAACUGGAACAAACUAUUCUCAACAGGGAGCAGCAUUUGCUGCUUAUAAUGGUCGAACAACAUAA